AAGAAAAUGACGAAAAAAGGCGGAGCGGCAGCUUUGCAGACCGAUGUGGCCAACGACGAGGACUGGAACAAGAUAUUGGAACGGCCGGGAUUAGUCCUCGUCGACGUUUACUGCGAAUGGAGUGGUCCGUGCACCGGCAUGGUCAGUAUUCUCAAAAAGAUCAAAAUGGAAAUCGGCGGGGACGACCUCAGUUAUGCUACGGCUCGAUGCGACGAAAUAUCUUCGUUGGUGCGUUUCCGAGGAAAAAGCGAGCCCGCGUGGAUGUUCAUUCGCGAUGGCAUGAUGAUAAACAUCGUAUUCGGAGCUAAUUGCCCGCAGCUCACAGAAACGUUGACCAAAGAGCUCAAACGGUUACAAAACAACGAGCCACCCGAAUUGUCGAUCCCGGUGUCCGAGAUCUGUGAAAUGGAGGCUGAAAGAACACGGAUCUUCCUGGAGGCCAAGAGAGCCAGGGAAGCCGAAGCACUUGCGAAAAUCGAGGCGAAAGCCACAGCCAAGUACGAGGCGAGACUCGAGCACUACGUGACUUCGCUCAGCCGCGAGACCCUUUUGAUUUUCUUCCCUUGGAUCUUCAAGGACGAGGAGGGAAACUUGCGGGACAAAAAAGCGAGUCCCGCGUACGUUGAACUGACGGAUCAAUUGUUGCCCGGUAACUUUGUCGUCGAACAGGAGGUGAAGAAACACAUGAGUGAAGAAGACGUGGUCGAGUUGCAAAAAGAGACGGACUUUGACCUCUGUGAACUGACUAAGCACCUCCUUACGGAUGGGACAUGUUUGUGCAUGCGCUUGAAAAUGUCCAGUAGAACGAUGUUGGAGGAGGAACUGGACGCUAACUUGUGCGAUCUGUUGUUUAACGAGCCGCGAGUUCCGCUCUCGCCAGACGCGAUGAUCGAUGACUGCUUCGUACAUCGACAUAUGACUAACAUGCAAGACUUCAACAGGGAGGGAGAAAGUGUCACAUCGGAGGCGGCAGAAAACUUAAUGACGUUGACAGUCCUAUGGGUACCGAUCAAUCAACGGAACAGAGCUAUCGUUUUUAAACAUAUUUUUUCAAAAUACGUCGAUUCAACGUAUCCGUUAGAGGAGGCCGACGAAGACAUUCCAAUAACUGUUUUCAAGUACGACAGUACCAAGAAAAAAGAAUUGAAAGUGGUUUUGAACACUUAUGCGAACGACGUCAUAUCUUUUGGUAUUUUCGAGCGUGACAGUCUGCCCAAUCCAAAAUUCAUUACUAAACUUAUGGAGAGAUUUGAACAUGAAUACAAAGACAAGACUGGAUAUGAAGUUUUUGUUGUUGUCAUUAAAAAAGAAAAUCCUGAGGCUUUCUUGUCGUUCGCCGGAAUAGGACCAUAUCACGUUAGCGAGAAUCCGGAAGUCGCAAUUGAAGAAGCAGAGCAAUAUUUUCCAAAAGAUGCCUUGGAAGACGAUCUCCCAUCGGAGGAUGAAGAUGGUCAAGGAGAAUUCGAAUAUGAGGGCUAUGAGGGUGACGGUUUUAGCGAAAUGGGUGAUAAGGUCCCGGAGCAAUAG